CUAUGCGGUGGUAGUAGAACAAGUAACUUCCCAAUCUGUUUUACAGACCUAAUGCGACAUCCGUCUUUGUAGCGGCCAAGCGAAAAUUCACUGCGGAUCAGUGUGGUAACUUCCGCCACAUGGAUAACGGACAAGUCGACGGAAGAGACGCAAAGAAAACAGUCAGGUUGACAGUGAAACAGCUUUUUUUGAAUUAAGCGUUGUACACCAUUUACAGUCUACGAUUUACAUUCAAAGCUAUAAUAUGUAACAGGCAUUGCCAGAGUAGAGCGAAGUUGAUGUGAUUGUUGUUAAAUUUAAUAUAAACUUUCAUCAUCAUCUGAAUUAGCAAUAGCAUAUUUAUAAAAGUUUCUUAUGUGCCAGGUUUUUUUAGCUGUGGGAGGAAACAGAAGAACCCCCAGAAAAGCCACAAGAUUGUUGAAACCAGGUUAUAAUAUUUAGAUGCAUGUAGUAGUAGGAAGCUAGUUAUUGUAAAACAUAAUCCUUCAAUAUGGAAGUUAUAAAAUCAGCCAAUGACAAACGAGAAUACAGAGUUAUCCAGCUAGAGAAUGGACUUAAAGCUUUAUUGGUAUCAAAUCCUCCAGAUGCUGAUGGAUAUCAGUCAUCUGCUGAAGUAGAAUCAGAAAGUGAAGAGGGGAGUGAAGGAGAUGCAAGUGAUGAUGAGGAAGACAUGGAAGAAAAUGAAGAUGGAGAAAAAGAAGAAAAAAAGAAAAAUGCUGAAAGACAGUCUGCAGCAGCUUUAUGUAUAGGAGUUGGAAGUUUUUCUGAUCCAGACGAUAUUCCAGGAUUUGCUCACUUUCUAGAACAUAUGGUUUUUAUGGGUAGUGAUAAAUUUCCCAAAGAAAAUGAGUUAGAUGAUUAUCUGGGUAAACAUGGUGGCUAUUCAAAUGCCUGGACUGAUUGUGAAAAGACUGUUUUCUAUUUUGAGAUACAGAAAAAGAAUUUCUUCAAAGCUCUAGAUAUGUUUGCUCAUUUCUUCAUCUCCCCAUUAUUAAGACAAGAUUGUGUUGAUAGAGAAGUGAAAGCAGUCGAUAGUGAGUUUCAGAUGUCAGUACCAAAUGAUGGUGAUCGUGUCAAUCAAUUAAUAAGUUCCCUUGCGAGAGAAGGCCAUCCAAUGAGGAAGUUUAUGUGUGGCAAUUUAAAGACAUUGAAAUCUUUACCAGAAGAAAGAGGUGUUAAUAUUUAUGACCAUUUGAGGGAAUUUUAUAAUAAUAUGUAUUCAGCUCAUUAUAUGACUCUAGCUAUAGAGUCUAAGGAGGGUCUAGAUACCUUGGAAAAAUAUGUGAGAGAAAUAUUCUCUAAAAUUCCAAAUAACCAGAAAACGCAGCCAAGUUUUAAACUUAUGAAGGAACCUUUCAAUACACAAGAAUUCCACAAAUUCUAUAGAGUUAGUUCUGUUGAAAAUACACACAGUCUUGAAAUAUUGUGGUCAUUUCCAUCUUUACUACAUGAGUACAGAGUUAAACCAUUGGAUUAUUUAUCAACUUUGAUAACUCAUGAAGGAAAAGGUAGCAUUUUAUCUUAUCUAAAGAAGAGAACACUGGCACUGUCUUUGUCAGGUGGCAAUAAUUUUACUGGUACAGAAAAUAAUUCUACAUGUUCUACAUUCUACGUCAAUAUAACUUUGACUGAUGAUGGUCUACAACAAGUUUAUCAGAUUCUUACUGUUAUAUUUGAAUAUCUUCAUCUACUACGAACUGUUGGUCCACAGAAACACAUCUUUGACGAACAAAAGAUAAUAGAAGACAAUAAAUUCAGAUGGAGAGAAAAAGGAGAAGCUGUUGAUUAUGUGGAAGAAUUAAGUGAAAAUAUGCAGAUAUUUCCAGUAGAACAUUACCUAACAGGAAGACAUUUGAUAUAUGACUAUAAUGAAAAGUUAAUUAAAGAAUGUGCCGAUGUAUUGAAACCAGACACAGCUAAUAUAGUUCUACGUUCAAAAUCAUUUGACAGUCAAGGUAUCUUAGAUAAAGAAGAAAAGUGGUAUAGUACAAAAUAUAAUGUGCAAGAUAUUGAUCCAGAAUGGGUGGAGAAGUGGAGAAAUGUACUUCCAAAUGAUGAAUUAUACCUUCCAGAACCAAAUAAAUUUAUCUCUACAAACUUUGAAAUAUUAGAUUCAAAUGUUACAGAGCAUCCCCAGAUAAUUUUAGAAGAAAAUGGUUCUCAGUUCUGGUUUAAAAAAGAUAACAAAUUUAAUGUUCCUAAAGGUUCUGUUUACAUUAGACUUACAAGCCCUGUUGUAAUUGAAAAUCUCUCGAAUUCUAUAAUGAAUGACCUGUUCAUCAAUUUAUUACUACAGAAUAUAACAGAAUCUGUUUAUCCUGGUGUUUUAGCAGGCUAUGAAUAUUCUAUAGACAGUUUUGCAACUGGUAUUAUUUUAACAGUGACCGGUUUUAAUCAUAAAUUAUCUUUAUUUCUAGACACCAUAUUAGAACAUAUAAGAGAUUUUAAGAUUGAUAGUGAUAUGUUUAAAGCUGUACAAAUACAACUAAAGAAAGCAUAUUAUAAUGACAUGAUCAGACCAAAGGAAUUAGCCAAUAUAUUAGAUAUGGCAAUAUUAGAUCCUCAUUAUUAUCCAUUACCAGACAAAUAUAAACAUAUUAUGUCUAUAACAGAUACAAUGUUACAGACAUUUCUACUUCAACUAAGAAAUAGUCUAUUUAUAGACUGUUUUACACAUGGUAAUUUUAUUAAACAGGAUGUUACAGAUAUGGCUGUGAUGAUCAUGUCUAAACUAAGGUUAUCAAAACCUUCAAUAGAUCUUAAACCAAAAAGAUGUUACUAUAAAAUACCAGAAAGUCAGACAUAUUGUCGAGUAAAUGGAGUAAAUAGAGAAGACAGUAAUUCAUGUGUUAUGAAUUACUAUCAGUCUGUACCUGGAACUAUAUAUAAUAGUGUUCUUAAUGAAGUAUUAGUGACACGGAUGAAGGAGCCAUGUUUUGAUAUAUUAAGAACUAAGCACCAGUUAGGUUAUAGUGUUGGUGCUAAUUCAAGAACUAAUAAUGGUAUAUUGGGUUUACAAGUUUAUGUUCAAAGUCAGGCAACUAAAUUCAGUUUAACAACGAUUGAUGACCACAUAACAUCAUUCCUUCAAGAGUUUCAACAUACAUUAACAAAUAUGACAAAUGAAGAGUUCUCUAGUCUGGUGAAAUCUGUUAUAACUUCUAAACAACUAGCAGAAGUUAGUUUGGAAGAGGAAACAGGACGUCUAUGGAGAGAAAUUAGUCGAGAAAAUUAUGUUUUUGAUAGAAGAGAGAAAGAGAUUGCUCUGUUGGAAAAGUUAACUCAAAAGGAAGUCAUAGACUGGUAUCAACAAUAUAUUAAUAACACACAGAGGAAACUCAGUAUACAAAUUGAAGGUAACAAGGAUGAUACAGAUAAAAAGAUGUGUACUGAUGAUGAUGAUAUAGAUAAUAUAGAUGGUAUGGUUACAUCAUGUGAUAAUCUGGUAUUUAAAGGUCAAGGUGAACCAGAUAGAACAUUUAUAAUAGACAUUGAUCAAUUCAAGAAAACACUAGUUGUUUUACCUUAUGCAUUUAUUAAUUCUUGACUUGGAUGCAAUUUUAUGGAUAAUUAGCAAUAAAUUAUUUUAAUUGUAAUUAAUUUUUUCUGUUCCAAAUGAAUAUUAUCAAGUGACUCAGUAUAAAUUAUAAGCAGAUGUGAUGCGAGUUGAGAAGAAUUGUGACAUGAUAAAAGAACCUCCAAAAUUAGCUGACUUGUUAUCAGGAUUAUUAUUACUUAAUAAACCUCGGAUGCGUAAAGAUGGUGGUGUAAAUUUAAUACAGUAAUAUAUCAAGUUAGAAUUGAUUCAUUGAGAUUAGAAUUACUAAUUGUCUUAGAAUUUGUUAUCAUUGUCUAAGAGAAAAGACUUCCAUACAAUAUAACACUCUAAUGGUCUUAGUUACACAGGACAACAAACCUGCUGGUAGGCAUACGUUUUGCAACUAUGUAGGAGGCUUAUAAUGAGUAAAUAUUGCAGAUUUAAUUAAGUUAAAUAACCAUCAAAGCAAGUCCCAGACAAUUGUUAUGAUUCACAAUAAAUUGUACUGUUGGGGGUAAUAAAUGUUAGUCUAUGGAA